AUGGAAGUUUAUUUCUUAGCAGAUUCUCGAUUCUUGUUGACUACAUGCGAUGGACCAUGGGACUUUCAUAACAUAAACACUAGAGGUCUCUACAAUAUAUUGAUAAACAAUGAACUAAAUAUUAUUUUAUUUACAGCUAUAGAAGUACAAGUAGUUCUAUUAGAUCCAUUAUAUUACUUUUGUGAUUCGGUUGUAUUGUGA